UCAAACCAACUAUUCUCUAUUCUCUCUCACUGAAUUUGUUUUGUUUGUCUAUAGUACGCUACCAAAAAGGUACUUUCUUUCGUUUUCGUUUAUUUGGGUCGCAGAUUUUUGGAAAUUCUCCCUGAAAACAGAAGUCGAUUGUGAAGAAUACUCCUGAAAAAGAAAAUUGUAUUCGUAAGAUGUUAUCUUUAUGAAACUUGGAUGUGUAGUGUGUCACAAUGAGCGGCAAUUUGGAGAAUGAUAGAUCGGUCACGGCUGGCAAAAUGUAUCCUAUUGACUUGGCACAGAAAAUAACUAUUGUGAAGAGCGUCUCCAACACGGAGGUGAAGAUGACGCACUUGAUCCCCGGGCAGCCGAAGACUACAGCGUCUGGGCAGAUCAUUUCUCACACCGGCCCCGUGGGCAUGAUGCGUCCUGCAGCAGCAAUCUUGUCGCCCAGCGUCUCUUCUCAGCCCCAGAUGAUUGUCAGUGGCUCACCAAUACUGCAAGGCACUCAAAUUGUCAGCCAAGGAUCGCAAAUGAUUGGGUCAAAUUCCCAGAUCAUAUCCCAGUCUCAAAUGAUCAAUCCAAGUUGUCAGAUUUUGAGUCCAGGGACUCAAAUCAUAAGCCAGGGGACACAGCUGUCUGCCCAAGUAUCGAACACAAGCAACACAGGUUCUAACAAUGUUCAAGUGACUGUACCAUCAUCAGUGAGCGGCCAGGUGCUAAGCGUGGGAGGGUUAGUUAGUAGUGCCCAGGGUCUGGUGAGUGGGGCCGGCAAUCUGGUGGUGAGCUCCUCAGUGCGUACUCUACCACCUAGUGUGAGAGUACUCCCACCCCAGUCACAUCACUCUAAUAGGCCAGUGCAUGUGAACGUGAAUGUGAGCUCUUCAGGCGGUGUGCUGGUCAGCAAGGGCGUCACGAGUCACGUGCCGCGCGGUCUGGCUGCCGGCGCCUCGUUAGCCGUGCGCCCUGUUACACCAGCUGCCUCUGCUCAAGUAGGGGCAUGGGCGAGCUCGGGCCGUGGUCGCGGCGCUGUCGUGUACGGGCCGCGCGCCCCGCCGCCGCGCGCGCCGCCGCCCCGCGCCGCGCCGCCCGCCGCCGCGCCCCCCCCGCACUCCGCCAUCGUCACCCUACCUGCCACUACGGUGCUCACUUCGAGUGGCGUGAUCUCCGGUUCCCUGCGUGCCGUAACGCCUACACCGCGGCCCGUGACUCCGACCCCAGCGCCCACAGCGCCCCGCCCGCUGCCCCUGUUACAGAGGAACUACCAACCUGCAAAGGUGGUGGGCGUGGCAAGCGUGGGUCCCCGCGGCGUGGUGGGCAACAGUGCGCCGGCGCAGCUGUACUACGAGGUGCCGCGCGCCGCCGCGCCGCCGCCGCGCCCGCUGGCGCCCUACGCGCACGCGCACCAGCCACAAGUGAGCGUGGUAAACACCGUCCAGCCGAUAGCAGAGGCCCGGCCACUGCCGGUCUCUGCCGCAAGCCUGACCGCCCUGCCUCGCCCUACCAUACUACGGAAAAGAGAGACUGAUGGCUCACCAUCAAAAAACGCGAGUGUCGGCCCCCCUAUUUACGGCCGAGAGGGCACAGGAUGGGAGGACGUUCACGCAAGCGUGGAGGGCCGCGAGGGCUCCGGUGGAUCCACCACCAUGUCGGCAUCGUCGUCGCCGGCGCCCGACGACGAUCCUGAACCGAACAGGAUCGACGAUGUCUCGCCUAGGAAGAAGCCUAGAAAGCAAAUGUUGACGAGUGAAGUACGGCAAUGCCACGAGUUCCAACCGGAAGAGCUCCCACCAACACCACCACCUGUCAACUCUCCACCGAAGAGGCCUCAACUAAGCUCGACCUACGUAUGUGGUUGGCGUAGCACAGCUCUGCAUUUCACGCGGCCCUCGGACGUGCGGCGAAGGGAGCCGCGCGCGAAGGACAUACUCGCCAUCGCCAACCAGAAACACGUCCUCACCAGCGCCGAGGGCUGGAAGGUGCAUCAUCUCACCGCGCAAAUGGAUGACCUGGUAUCACUGGAAGCUGACGUGGGCACACAGUUAUCCGGUAUAUUAAAAGCAUUAGAAGGUGCAGGCGGCCGAGCACUCUCCGCUCUGCAGCCACACACGCAUAAUUUAUUAGAACUUAUUAAGGGUAACAUACAAAGAAGCAAAAUAGUUUGCGAAGGAAUUCAAGAGGCCCGCGAAGAUAUACUCAGAGUAUUCACGCACAGAAACUUCGUGUCCGACAUCCUCACGCGACAAGCUGACAAACGGUGCUUCCGAAAACACAGAUCGCAAUCAUAGCAAAAGGCCUAGCGGCCUACCGGCCUGCCGGCCAAAAAGAAGACUGCAAAGAAAAAAACAAGGGUUGUCAAAGAAGCCAGCCCUCAACCAUGUUGUUCUAAAUCGCUUAAGUGAACAGUGCCGGCAUAACUUCAACCCUGGUUUGCAGUAUAACAGACAUUUACCUCUCGUGAAAUAAACAGACAUUGACAUUAUGAUUAGUGUUUAUUGUUGGCAUCUGUGAACAUUUUGCUAGAUAAUUAAGUCCUUGCUGUAAAAAAUAUACACUCAGAUAUGUUGCCAAGCUUCAAUGUGUAUAUUGUCACAGCAUGGUCUAUCUUAGUUAAAUAAUUGUAAAUAUGUACAUUUACGCUAUGAGAAUUUCUAAAGAAAAAUAAUUCUAGAAGGAUACUGUGAAUGAGUUGUGUUUAAUUGGUGAUUUAUUUUAAUAAUUAAACUAUUUUUUAUAAGAAUAUAUAGUUCUUUCACUGAAA